AUGUCGUUCUCGUGUAGCGUUUUCUGGCGUGCUAUAAUGGCACCGCACUUUUUGCCUCCUCCUUUCAGAACUACCGUUGUGCUGCUGCGGCUGCCGGAAGGCAAGGAGCAGGUUCUGAUCGCCGACUUUUUGCAGCAUGCCUCAGUCCCCCGAACAGCCUGCGCAGCGCUUCGUAACCACACCGACGACCGAACACGCAUACUUUGCGAUGACGGCAGUUUCAUGAACGGCAAAUGGCUGUUUAACGGAGACUUGACCAUGGGCUACAAGCGAACGGCAGCAGAGUCGUGA